AUGUCGCUCAAAAUAGCCAUUGACCGGGGUGGAACGUUUACAGAUGUAUAUGCUUCGGACGGGAAAAAAGAGAUGGUCUUGAAGUUGCUCAGUGUCGACCCUGAGAACUACAAGGAUGCCCCUGUUGAAGGGAUUCGCCGAGUCCUGGAGAAGGUCACGGGCAGGGUCAUUCCAAAAGGCGAACCACUGGAUCUUUCAAUGGUCGACAGCAUUCGAAUGGGUACGACUGUAGCCACAAACGCUCUUUUAGAGCGCAAAGGUGAGCGGGUAGCCUUUAUUGUCACAAAAGGGUUCAGAGAUAUCCUUCGUAUUGGCCAGCAGGCCAGGCCAGAUAUUUUUGAUAUUAAAGUCGCCAAACUAGAAGCGCUGUACGAAGAUGUGUUUGAGAUCGAUGAGAGAGUCACAAUUGAGGGGUUUAGCGAGAAUCCACUCCCCUUUGAAGCGAACUGGGAGGACCCGAGCAUUCGCAAGGGGGUUUCAGGAGAAGCCAUUCGUAUUUUGAAAGAGCCAGACGAGGAAGCUGUUGAGAAGACUCUAAAAUCUAUCUGGAACAAGGGUAUUCGGUCAAUUGCUAUUUCGCUAUUGCAUUCUUAUACCUAUUCACGUCAUGAGGAGCUCGUUGCCAAGAUCGCUACCAAAGUGGGGUUCACAGAUAUCUCUGUUUCCUCAAGGCUUCAGCCCAUGAUAAAACUAGUUAGUCGGGCAAACUCAUCAACAGCGGAUGCUUAUUUGAGUCCCAUUACCGCUCGUUAUAUCGAAACAAUUGGGCAAGGAUUCAAAGGCGGGCUGAAUGCGAUAGGAAACAAGCUGCUGUUUAUGCAAAGUGAUGGUGGACUGACAUCUUGGAAUACAUUCAGUGGGUUGAAAGCCAUUCUUUCGGGUCCUGCUGGCGGUGUGGUGGGCUAUGCGAAGACUACUUACCGCGAUAAACCUUGUUUAGGUUUCGAUAUGGGCGGCACAUCCACUGAUGUUAGCAGGUACAACGGUCAUUUGGAGCACGUUUUUGAAACAACCACAGCACAAGUCACAAUACAAGCUCCUCAACUUGAUAUUCAGACUGUUGCAGCUGGUGGUGGCUCUAUCUUGUUCUGGCGCAAAGGCUUAUUUGUUAUCGGGCCUGCAUCUGCAUCUGCCCACCCAGGGCCGGCUUGUUAUCGCAAAGGUGGCCCAUUAACAGUAACUGAUGCUAAUCUGUUUUUGGGACGAAUCAAUGUAGCCUCGUUCCCGCAUAUUUUUGGUCCCAAUGAAAACGAGCCUUUGGACGAGGAUAUCGUGGCUCAUAAGUUUACUGAGCUCACAAAGCAGAUCAAUGGCGACCGCAGUCACGCUGAGCCCCUCACUCCCGAGCAAGUUGCUCUUGGGUUUUUAACAGUUGCAAAUGAAACAAUGUGCCGACCGAUCCGAAGUCUGACCGAAGGAAAAGGAUAUUCCACAGCCAAUCACGUCUUGGCAAGUUUUGGUGGUGCAGGUGGACAGCACGCGUACGCAGUUGCCAAAAACCUCGGAAUCAAUCAAGUUAUCAUUCACAAGCAUUCCUCCAUCCUUUCAGCUUUUGGAAUUGCUUUAGCUGAUAUUGUAGCCGAAGCUCAAAGACCAGAGUCGUUGACGCUUUCUGACGCUGAGUUACCUGGGCUCUCCAAGCGUUUGGAUCAGAUUCAAGAGCAGGCCAUUCAAAGUCUAGUUGAUCAGGGGGUAGAAAGCACAGGCAUAAGCAUCGAGCGGUACCUCAAUCUUCGCUACAAAGGUUCUGAGACGUUUAUCAUGGUUCGUGAGUCCAAAGACUCUAGUUUCGCUAGCAAGUUUGUUAAGCUACAUGCAAAAGAAUUUGGUUUCACUUUAGAACGUGAUAUUUUGGUCCGGGAUAUUCGCGUUCGGGCUGUUGCGAGGCCUCAUUCGUCUGAAGAUCAACUUUUGCCAAUAAUGCCAAGAUGCUUUAUUCAUGCAACUUCUAGUGAAACACAACGUAUGUUUUUUGACGACAAAUGGGUGGAUGCAGCUUUGUUCAAAUGGGACGAGUUAAAGCCUGGUAUGAACAUCACAGGCCCGGCAAUGAUUCUGGAUGACACUCAAACCAUCGUUGUAGAUCCUAGUACGACGGCACUCGUUUGUCCGAACCAUAUGAUUUUGAAUAUUGACUCUGGUAACUCCCAGAAGGUAAGGGAGCUUGAAAUCGAUCCCAUUCAGUUGUCGGUAUUUGGCCACCGUUUUAUGAGUAUUGCGGAGCAAAUGGGACAGACACUACAAAAGACAUCUAUCUCUACAAAUAUCAAGGAGCGGUUAGACUUUAGCUGUGCAAUCUUCUCUCCGGAUGGUGGACUUGUUGCUAACGCUCCACACAUCCCUGUACAUCUUGGAUCAAUGUCUUCGGCUGUUGCAUUUCAAAAGAAAAAAUGGGAGGGUAAGCUCGAGGACGGUGAUGUUAUUGUUGCCAAUCACCCAGCUUAUGGUGGUUCUCACCUUCCUGAUAUCACGGUGAUUACUCCAGUUUUCUCUAAUGGUGAGAUCAUUUUCUGGGCCGCAUCGCGUGGCCAUCACUCGGACAUUGGCGGUAUCACCGCUGGUUCCAUGCCUCCAUUCUCUGAGCAUCUAUGGCAAGAGGGUGCCAUGAUCGAAGGGUUUAAAGUGGUUUCAAAAGGCAAAUUCGACUACGACGGUAUUGUCAAACUUCUGUACGAGGAUCCUGCCCAGUACCCGGGAUGCAGCGGCUCUAGAAGCUUGAGCGACAGUAUCUCGGACCUCAAAGCUCAGAUUGCAGCCAACCACAAAGGAAUCCAACUUCUCAAACUUUUAUGCGAUGAAUAUUCACUUAAAGUUGUGCAGCUCUACAUGAACGGCAUUCAGACUAAUGCAGAGCAUAGCAUUCGGCAGCUUCUCAAAUCUGUCGCUGAAAAACAUGGUACCAAACUACAUGGUGUUGACGCUCUUGAUGACGGAACCAACAUUGAGCUUACGGUUACUAUUGAUGCUGAAACAGGCACCGCAAAGUUCGAUUUUACUGGCACAGGGCCCCAAGUCAAAGGAAACCUCAACGCUCCUCGGGCUAUCACGUCUUCUGCGAUCCUUUACUGUUUGCGCACUAUGGUAAAGGAUAACAUUCCCUUGAACCAAGGGUGUCUCACACCUUUGGAAAUAUAUAUUCCGGAAAAAACCGUCUUGUCGCCGGAGCCAACCGCAGCUACUGUAGGAGGAAACGUCGAAACUUCUCAGAGAAUCACUGAUAUUGUAUUCCAUGCGUUCCAGGCAGUUGCAGGCUCUCAAGGUACUUGUAACAACCUUACAUUUGGGUACGGUGGUAGAAAGAAUGAAGCUGGCAAUGUAGUCCGCGGAUUUGGGUACUAUGAGACCAUUGCAGGAGGAGCCGGUGCUGGACCAACUUGGAAUGGUCAAAGCGGCGUUCAAGUCCACAUGACGAAUACCAGGGCCACCGACCCCGAAGUAUUUGAGAAAAACUAUCCUGUUAUCCUUAGAGAGUUUUCUAUUCGACAAGGGUCUGGAGGCUCUGGGAAGCACACAGGAGGAGACGGCGUUGUGAGAGACAUCGAAUUCCGCCAUCCUGUUCAGGUAUCUAUUCUAUCAGAGAGGCGAGAAUUGGCUCCCUAUGGAUUGAAUGGAGGCAACCCCGGACUACGUGGUCGCAAUUUAUGGGUGCACGACGGCAAAGAGACGGAUCUUGGAGGUAAGAACACGGUUCAAAUGAGACCUGGCGAUCGUAUUAUCAUUCGAACGCCUGGUGGCGGAGGUGCUGGUUCAGCCUAA